CCAAAUCAUACAAUUUUCCUUCAUCAUUUAUGCUCUACACAAUAUAAAUAGCUUCUUCUCCCUAAUACAAUUUUCAAAAAUAUUUACUUUUUCAUCAUUUCAAAGAUGAAAAGCAUGUUUGUUUUUCUUGUCUUUUUACUAAUUGUUUCACCUAUAGCAGCAGGUGACAAUGCAUACUUUGAUGUUGUUAAGUAUGGUGCUAAGGGUGAUGGUGUUUCGGAUGAUUCAAAUGCCUUUCUCAAAGCAUGGAAAGAUACAUGCAGUGCAACCAGAGGGUUUCCAACAAUGCUUAUACCUCAAGGAAGAAGAUUUAUGUUGCAACCUUCGUCUUUUGAAGGUCCUUGUAAAUCUGCAUAUAUUAGGGUUAUGAUUAUGGGAACUAUUAUUGCACCACAAAAAUGGGAGAAUUGGAAAUGGGUUAACAAUAAUUAUCGUGAAUCAUGGAUUCAGUUUAUUCAUAUAAAUGGCCUUGAUGUCAGUGGAAGAGGGAUGAUUGACGGCCAAGGUGCUUCUUGGUGGAAUAAAAGUCAAUAUGAGAGACCAACGGCUGUUAGAUUUAUUGGUUGUUCUAAACUAAAACUUGGUCCGUUAAGACACAUCAAUAGUCCAAGAAAUCAUAUAGGUAUAGGUUCAUGCAAUGGUGCUUUACUAUCUGGUCUUCAAAUAACUGCACCAGAGAAUAGUCACAACACCGAUGGAAUUGAUAUAGCAUCAUCAAGCAACAUUUUUGUCGAACAAUCAACAAUUUCAACAGGUGAUGAUUGCAUCGCUAUUAAUAGUGGUUCAAAAUUCAUCAACAUAACUGGAAUUUUUUGUGGACCUGGUCAUGGCAUCAGUGUUGGAAGUCUUGGAAAAAAUGGGAAUUAUGAUACUGUAGAAGAGAUACAUGUGAGAAAUGUCACUUUUAGUGGAACAACCAAUGGUGCAAGAAUCAAGACAUGGGUGGGAGGAUGUGGUUAUGCGAGAAAGAUAACUUAUGAAGAUAUAAUACUUGAUAGAGUUCAGAAUCCAGUUAUUAUUGACCAGCAAUAUAAUGCAUACAAAACUUUAAAAGGUGGAAGGAAAGCUGUGAAAGUGAGUGAUGUAACUUAUCGCAACAUUCGGGGAACCACAAUUAGUCCAGCUGCAAUUAAUUUAGGUUGUGACAAUAUUGGUUGUACCAACAUCAUAUUAAAAGACAUCAAUAUAGUUGGUAUUGGCAAAAAUAUACCAGCGGCAUCGUGCAAAAAUGUACAAGGGUCGAGCUCAUUUUGUACUCCAAAGGUUCCAUGUCUUUCCUCAAAUGAUCAUUAGAAAAUAAAAACAAAUCAUUUUGAUUCUCAAAAAUGUUAAA